AUGCACCCCACAACAAUGCACCGCUCUGAACGGGAGAAGGUCCGUAGAAUUUGCACACCAAAAUCAACCACGGGUCGACUCGAGGUUCCUGAGGACAUUUUCAAAAUGUGGAACACAGCAGGUGGAAGGGAGAAACUCUUUUCAAUGUGGUGCAAAUCAGGAGGUGUCAAGGCCAUCUUUCUUGAAACGGUGGAAAUCUUAUGCGUCACCACAAAGUCCAAGACUUUGGAGGUCAAGGGUGGCUUUUAUUCCGAGGAGGAUAUGGCAACGGAGUUGAAGUACAGCAGGGAGCGCAUUGAGAAGAUCAAGAAAUGGGCCACGGCCCAUGGAUUGGUUCGGCGGUGUGAAUAUGAUGAGACCAUUCUCGAGUAUUGGGUGAACACUCGCACGGAGGGCUCGCUCAAACGGGAGGAUGUGGAGCGGAUGUCUGUGGCCAAGAUGGAGGCGAUCCGCAAGAACCUGGAUGAUAUCUAUGAGAAGAUGACUGAAGUUCAAGCUGAGGGUGAGAGUGCUGGGGAGUUCUCUGGGGAGUCCGGUGCAGCUGAGCGACACCGUGAAGCACAUAGCAAAGAACUACAGCCGUGGCGCUUCUCAGCUGCAUGGCGUGUUCCUGCGAAUGACUGCGUUGAGGAAGCUCGAGCAGCUUCAAAAUGUGAUCGCUGCCCAAUUCUUCAACGCAUUGCGUCUAUGCGCAUGGAGGAUGCUGACACACCCCUGUUCCGAAAAAGAGAUGAUGCCAAUGCAGCCAACACGAACGAGGUCACCAUGGGCAUCAAUCUUCUUGGAAAUUCGCUGGGGAACCGCUUUAUGUUUUGUGCUAUCCACAACAAGUACAUUAAAGAAGACCCAUCAGUUUUCUACGACCUGCUGAAGCUUUGGGGGCAGGAACUGGCUGCCUUGCUGGAUGGUGGAAUCCAAGUUGAGGGUCGUGUCUUCAGGAUAGCCAUUUUGGGGUUGACUGGGGACGCCCCAUUCCUCCGCGAUGCGGGCUACAUGAAUCGAAGCUUCAACAACAUCCGAAAAAGUGCUGAUUCAAAAGCUCUACUGCCCGGAGUAUGUUAUCUUUGCGCGGCAGGAAAAACCAACGGACCUCAUUAUGAAGAUUUAGACAUUCUAUCAGCGGAUUGGGUGAGCACAGCUGGGGAGCGAAACAUGCUGCCGUGGAACCAUCCCUCACCUUUGCUACAGUUCCUCCCUACUGAGCCACGGAACAUGGCCAACUUUUACAAGGUCGACUUGUUUCAUGUUUGGUACGCUGGUCUGGGAAAGGACUAUUGCGGUUCCAGCAUAGUGUUCCUGCUGCGCACUGUCUUGAAAAAGCGUUCCAAAGAAGAAUCAAUGAAGUUUCUCAACGAAGAAUUGAGUUGUUUUCAACGUAUUCAUGGAGGUGAACCUACACACUUUGGAAAGUUGUCGUGGGAUUUGCUGGAUUACGAUGGGCCCCGGCACUUCCCAUGUGGCAAGUGGUCCAAGGGGAUGGAUACAGGGAAGGUUUGCAAGUUUCUCGGGUUUCUUAUUUCAGAGUAUUUGCCAGAUCAUGAGCAUGGCCCGCAUGGGCCUAUGUUGAUAUUGAUGCGAGAUGCGACUUCUUCUAUUGGAGGUUUCCUACGGACUGUUUUUGGAGCAGGCUUUUUCUUGAGUGAGCAAGAAGCUCAAAAAGCAAUUGCGGAUGGGUAUAAGUUCCUCCUAUGCUACAUGCAGCUUGCCAAGAGUGCCUUGAGUGCAAACAUGACCCUCUACAAACUCAAACCCAAAGCGCAUUCAAUGGCCCACCUGAUUCUUGAGAUGCUGGUGCAAUUCAGGCUUCACAAGGGCUCAGUGUGCAACCCCGUGGGAUUUUCGACUUUCAUGUGUGAAGACUUCAUAGGGCGGGUGGCUCGACUGUCCCGCAGAGUGUCACCUAGAGUGCAGGGCCGUAAGGUCAUUUAUAGGUACCUAACAGCUUUAAAGUGUGCUUUGCGGCAAGAGUCGUGA